ACCAACACGAUACUAUGGAUGACGCUGACUUCCCUGCCGACGGCUUCUACGUCCUCGUCACAGGCGCAAACAGCGGCCUGGGCCUAGGAAUUGGCUGCCGCCUUAUCGACGAAUUCCUGCACACACGGCCCCAAUCCCAAACCCUCGUCCUCAUCAGCACAACGCGCGACACCCGGAAAGGCGCCGCGACGACCGCUGCGUUCCGCAAAUAUCUUAAAGAUGCGUGUAGGAAAGCGGAGCGCAGUAUCCCGGGCUUCACGAUGCUGCUGCAACGACGCGUGCAGUUCCGCGAAGAGAUACUGGAUCUGACCUCCCUCCUUUCCGUGCAACGUCUCGCGACAAAACUAAAGAGGGAGCUACCCCAUCUCGACGUUCUUAUAUGUAAUGCCGGCAUCGGCGGCUGGACAGGCGUGAAUUGGCCUCACGCCAUCUGGACUGUCCUAACAGACACGGUCCACACAACUACGUGGCCCGAAUUCAAGAUAUCAGGCGUGGGAUGGGUCACAAAACCACAACUACCAAAGGAUUCGAAAGGCAAUCAGCCCCCGGAACCACCACUCGGCGAGGUCUUCUGCGCGAAUCUAUUCGGGCACUACGUUCUCGGCCACGCGCUGAUGCCACUCCUCUCGGCGGCAGCUACAGAAGGAAGCGGACGCAUAAUCUGGAUGUCCAGCAUCGAAGCGCCAGCGUGCGACUUCAACGCCGACGACUUCCAGGGCCUGAAGUCGUCGAACGCGUACGAGAGCUCGAAGCGGAUCACGGACAUGUUGGGUAUGACGGCUGAAAUGCCAUCGACGGCGCCAUGGACGAGUACGUAUUUCUCGACUACCUCAACACCUGAAAAGCACGCGGAGGCUGGGCAUGAGAAGAGUAGCAAACCGCGAAUCUACAUCACCCACCCGGGCAUCUGCGCAACGGGCAUUUUCCCCCUCCCCUGGAUCCUCGCCCUUGGCAUGACGGCCGCGUUCUGGCUGGCGCGCUGGUUAGGGAGCCCGUGGCAUCCUAUUACGGCGUACAAGGGGGCAACGGCGCCGGUGUGGGUGGCGCUGGCGGAGCAGGGGAUGCUGGAUGCGAUGGAGCGGCGAGAGGGGCGGGGGAAAUGGGGCAGUGCGACGGAUAGGUGGGGGAAUGAGCGAGUGGAGCGGACGGAGGUGGAGGGGUGGGGGUGGGGCGGAAAGGUGGGCGAGUUUAGCAAGAGGAAGGGGAGGUGGCGGCAUGCGACGGAUCUCACGGCGGAACGGAGGGCAGAGUUUGAAGAGUUGGGGCGCUUGGCGUGGACGGAGAUGGAGAGGUUGAGGGGGGGGUGGGAAGGGAGGUUGGAGGGGUUGGAGGGGUUGGAGUAG